AACAUUUAAUAUAGGUGAGAGUCAGAGCAGUCAGACAGACUGUUGUAGUCUGUGCUGCACGUUCACAUUGUUCUUUUAAUCAUGGCUGAUCUCCUGCUGCUAGUCGUUCUCAUGUAUUCCUUUCAUGAAAUUAAAGCACAAGCCAGUGUUCCACCUGAACUGACUGUGAAUCCACCUGCGAUCACAGAGACAGACUCAGUCACACUGAGCUGUCAGACUCCAUCAUCUGUUUCUGUGCCUCAGUGUGAUUUCUACAUUGCAAGCCAAAAACUGUCCAAAGGUUCCUCCUGUGUGCAGACAAUGACAGCGACCGAGCUGCUGAAGAUCACACAUAAGAGUUUACCUGCUGAGGUUGAAGUGAGAUGUUCUUACACUGUACACAUUGAUACCUUGAAACAUACAUCUCCCGACAGCGAGCCAUCCACCAUUACCAUAAACAAUCUCCGUCCACCUAAACUGACAGUAAAUCCACAGAAGAUCGCAGAGACAGACUCAGUCACAGUGAACUGUCAGACUCCAUCAUCUGUUUCUGUCACUCAGUGUCAUUUCAUCAUUGCAGGAAAUGAAAUUGCCAAAAGAGGUCCUUGUCUGGAGACUCUGACAGGGUCUGAAUUUCUGUCAUGGACACGUCAAAGUUCACCUGUAACAGUUGAAAUUACAUGUUUUUACCUUAAUAUAUAUAAAUCUCCAGUGAGUAACACGUCACCAAUCACAAUACAAACUCCUCGACCCGAACUGACAGUGAACCCACAGAAUAUCACAAAGACAGACUCAGUCACAGUGAACUGUCAGACUCCAUCAUCUGUUUCUGUGACUCAGUGUUUUUUGUACUUUAUGAGAAGAAAAAAAUCUACGUCCAUCUCCUGUCAGCAGACACUGACAGCAACUGAUCUCCUCUCUAUGGCACAGCAGAGUUCACCUGCUGAGGUGGAAGUGACAUGUUUUUACAGCUCAGAGCACAAAGGAGGACAAUACCAGUCUCCUCACAGUAACAGAUAUUCCAUCAGCAUACAAAAUCCUCGGCCUGAACUGACAGUGAACCCACAGAAUAUCACAGAAACAGACUCAGUCACAGUGAACUGUCAGACUCCAUCAUCUGUUCCUGUGUCUCGGUGUUAUUUCAUCAUUUCAGGACAUAAACCUGAUAAAGCAGCUCCUUGUCUGCAGACUCUGACAGGGUCUGAAUUUCUGUCAUGGACACGUCAAAGUUCACCUCUUACAGCUGAAGUGACCUGUUAUUACUUUUAUAUACUUAAAUCUCCAGAGAGUAACAUGUCACCCAUCAACAUACAACCCCCUCGGCCUGAACUGACAGUGAAUCCAACUGUGAUCACAGAAACAGACUCAGUCACAGUGAACUGUCAGACUCCAUCAUCUGUUUCUGUGUCUCAGUGUUUUUUGUACUUUAUGAGAGGAAGAAAAUCUUCGUCCAUCUCCUGUCAGCAGACACUGACAGCAACUGAGCUUCUCUCUAUGGCAGAGCAGAGUUUACCUGCUGAGGUCAAAGUGACAUGUUUUUACACAUUAGAACAUAAAGGAGAACCACAUAAGUCUCUGCAUAGUAACACGUCCUCCAUCAGCAUACAAACUCCUCGACCCGAACUGACAAUGAAUCUAAUGAUGAUCACAGAAACAGACUCAGUCACAGUGAACUGUCAGACUCCAUCAUCUGUUUCUGUGACGCAGUGUUUUUUGUACUUUAUGAGAAGAAAAAAAUCUACGUCCAUCUCCUGUCAGCAGACACUGACAGGAACUGAGCUCCUCUCUAUGGCACAGCAGAGUUCACCUGCUGAGGUGGAAGUCACAUGUUUUUACAUGUCACAGCAUAAAGGAGGACAAUACCAGUCUCCUCACAGCAACAUAUCUUUCAUUAACAUACAAACUGAAAAAAACACUUUGACCUUUGCUCCUCCCCCUUCUAUGGACUUUACAAUUCACACAAUCAGGAGAAACACAACUAUUGUGGGGACGACUUCUUCUGUGACCACACCAAGGACAUCUUCAGUAGACAUUUCAGUAGACCUUAUUUCUACAAAGCUCAGCACUAAAGGGACUACUUCUUCUGUGACCACACCAAGGACAUCUUCAGUACUUCCUGCCCAUAAACUUCUACCUGUAGUUGCAACUGGUUUUGGUGUAAUCGUGGGCAUCAUCUCACUGGGAAUGGCUCUUGUCUGUGUGAAAAGAAGAAAUGAUAAUUUUUCAAGCACAAAAAAAACUGACCGAGGAGGAUGGAUGUCUCCGAAUGAUUCUGAAGUCUACAGUAUGACCAGUUUAGUCCCUGUUGAUGACCCACCUAACGGGUCUAAUCAACUCAAAAGACAGGAGUCUCAAACUGAGAAUUCUGCCGCAUACUACUUUUACUCCAGCAUCCCUGAGGAGCCAGAUGAAACGCCUACAAUGAAAACAGACCUGGCAUACAGCACUCUACAGGCACACUGAAACACAUCAAAAAUACUGAAUUGGAAUAAAACAGAAGAUAAGACUGAAUGGCCAUUACACACUCAAGCCAUAUAGAUAAGACAGGAAAGUAUUUUUCUUUCUUUCUUUCUUUCUUUUUGUUGGAAACUCACCUGGAUAAUAUUUCUACUUAAGACAAUAAUUUCCAAAAGAUUAAUAGAGAAGUAUUAAACCCAAUUUAACAUUUGUAUGUGCAUGGCUUGGCUUGCUUUCUGGUGUCAGCCCAGAGCUUUGUAUUACCAGUGCAGUGAGUAUUAUCCAAGUAGCAUUUCUGUGUUCUACAUAAUGUGUUCUGUAGAACAUUAUGGAGUCUUUCAUAUAAUGUCAUCACUGUGCCUCACAAGGGCAGUGCCAGCAAAAAUGCUGGAGCUUUCUUUGUGUCUACCCCGUUAAGAAUGAUCUUAAUAAGGGCACCACCUUUAAAAGAAGAAAAACAAUUAAGCUAAUUUUAACUGAUUAACCAUUAAUUUAGGGAUUCUAAUAACUAAAAUCAUUAAAAUAAGUGCAAAAUCUAAAUAAAUUCUUAGUUUAAUCAGUCUUAUAAAAUAGAAUAUUGGUUUGAAACCAGUUAAUAAUAAUUACAAUCACAGUUAUAUGUCAGUAGUCAGUGAGGUUGAAGGAUAUCAGAAUUUUGCAUAGCAAAGGUUGGCAGCAUUCAUUCCUAUACAACAUUAAUCAUGCCAACAUUUGUAUUAAAGAAAAAUUAUUUACAACAGCCCUGAGGAAAACCAAACAAAGAUCUAACUAAAAACUAAGAGAAGAAUAUAUGUGCAUGUGAGAAAAUUUCCUCACCAUGUGCUUCAAUGUUAAUAAAAAAUGACAAAAAAAAGAGCAAAAACUGCCUUGGUGUAAGAAGGAAAGAAGUUCUAAUAGUGACUACGAUCCACCAGACAUGCAUGCAGAACUGCAUUACUGCAUGCAGACGUUGCAGGGGAGAUAAUAUAUGUAAAGCCAAGAAGUUUCUAGUGAGCAUGGAGGGUACAGCAUGAAAUACAGUCCUAUACCACAAAUGCCAGCUGCAUUAAAUAUUUUCUGUAUUAUGUUUAAGAUAUUUUUGUAACAGGAUAUGUUUUGUUCUUCUGGACACAGUAGAUACACAUAAGUACACACACACAUAAGUACACA